AUGGUUCCCAACCCCAAGGAUAUGCCUGGCGAGAUCAAGAGCAAGUCGCCAGUGCGCGAGCCACCACCCAAUCCACGAGAUCAGCCCAUGCAUGGUCGUCCGGGUUACACCGUAGGGCAGCAUCUCGAUGAGUUUGAGGACUCAGACUUUGACGAGAUUGUGUACACGACUCUUCAUAGAAAGCUCAGUACGCCAGGACUAACGCUGCCUGUAUCCAAGGCACACGCCGACAAGGCCGCUUCGCCACAAGGAAAGAUCAAUCUCAGUGGUAUCGUCGGGGCUCUUCAAGCAAUCAUAGAGUCCAUGGGCAAUGGUUCGGACUUCUCCAGCAAGUCUGAGCUGAUCGAGAAUCUUUCAGUUUGUCAAGAUGGCUGCAAAGAUAUCCGCAACAAUAUCAAGGGAGAGACAGAGCGAGCGUGGAAUGCGUACAAGGCGUUCAAGAGCGAACACGCAGAUAUCCGCCGCGACAAGGCCCAAGACACCCUCAUGUCGCAGGCCGCAGCGAUCCUGCACGUUGUCGACGAGAUGAUGACCGUCGGACAACUGCGAGUGAUGUUGCUGACCAGCAUGAACACCUUUCGCCCCAAGAAGGAAGAUAAACCAGUCACCAAGGUCGGCUCCUCCACCCACAUCAACGCCAAGAAGGAAGAUAAACCAGUUACCAAGGCUGGUUCCUCCAUCCCGAAUAACGCUCAGUUGGCUGCGAAGCCAUACGUCGACCGCGGCUUGAAGCCCGCUCCCUCGGCUACGAAGAUCAAAUACAAACAAGUGCCUGUGUCAACCCCCGCAGCUAACACCGUCCCCAUUGUUAAGCCUCAAGAGAAGGCUAACAUGGUUACUUCAAAGACAGUCGGGAAGAACACGACAAAGCAGCGAGUCAAGUUCUCAGAUUACAUUGUUCAAAAGGCAUCGAAGAAGGUACCCGCAGUUGCACCACCACCAAUAUCGCGCACCAAACAACAGCGAACCGCCAUGGGUGAUCAAGUAGUUCCAUCUACUAAGACCCACGUGGACAACGCCGAUCAAAAGAUGGGAGGUGACGAAGCUUCCGAGGUUUCCAUGAGUGUAUCUCCUGAGACUGCACCUGCGCUGAUUGAGAAGCCCAAGGAUGACGAUAUGACUGAGGCAGUCGUGGCCACAAUUGAUAGCACUAAAGUGGUAGAGUCCUCCAGUGUUGGGAAGACAGCUGAUAGCACUGCUACUGCUGUCAAAGAUGCUAAGACGGCUGCGGCUAAGCUAACCUCUUCAAACCCCUCUGAGAACGACAAAGUCGGUAUAUCAGAAGAGAUGACUCAUGGCACUGUCUCUGCUCUCGAUGAUGCCAAGAAGCUCACACCCUCUGUCUGCCUUAAACCCUCACAAGCUGGUGAUGCUGGUACUUCGAAGAAGCAGCAAAAGUCUAAGACACCACCAGCGAAACCGAUCCGCUCUGGAUUCCGACAGCCCGGCCAACUAGGCAUAGCCCGCCGCGUUGAUCGUAGAACGAAGAAGACUCCUCCUCAGGAGGAAGUCGAAUCCGAUCAUGCGUCUGAGUCUUCUGAUGAUGAGGCUUGGCUAGGGCCCGCUGGCUUCAUCUCAGCUGGCCGAGUACCGAAGCCUAGGGUGCAGAAGACUAAGAACGACGAAAAGAAAUCCAUUCGCAAGAAUGACGAGGACGAGACGCGAGAGUCUCGCAAACCCGUUCCGAAGACGUCUAGGAAGUCCGUCGGCUGCACCAAGGAGGGUCUCAAAGACGCCAAGAUGAAGACUCCUGCUAGCACUGUUGCUCCUGUUAGCACUAUCACUCUUCCUGGCACUGGCACUCCCGCUGGCCCUACUGCUCCUGUUGGCACUAUUGUUCGUGCUGGCACUGCCUCAAAGAAGAUCAUCACACCUUCCUUUGGAGCAGGUCCCAAACCAAAGAUCCGGUAUCGCACACUCCCUGCACCAUCCAACCCACCAAAGCGCAAGCGCGGAGGUGAUGAUGAUGAAGACGAGGCUCUUCCGCCGGCGAAGGUCCCUCGCAAGAACGCGGCGAUGAGGACGCGACGCGCUUGA